AUGGAUCCCAAUUUCGCCUUAUCGCAUGCAAACAACCUCCUUGCGCGCACAGAAACCUCAGGUCGCCCGCCAGUAUACAAGGCUGUCGGUAUUUCGCUGGCUGUCGCAUCGGGCAUCUUCAUUGGUAUCUCGUUUGUGGUCAAGAAAAUCGGCCUGCUGAAGGCGAACGUGAAGUACAAUGAGGAGGCCGGCGAGGGAUAUGGAUAUCUGAAGAAUUUCUGGUGGUGGACUGGCAUGACGCUGAUGAUUGUUGGAGAGAUCUGCAAUUUUGUGGCGUAUGCUUUCGUCGAUGCGAUUUUGGUUACGCCGCUUGGUGCGCUCUCGGUCGUGAUUACGACGAUUCUAUCAGCUAUUUUCCUCAAGGAACGGCUUAGUUUCGUGGGGAAGGUUGGCUGUUUCUGUUGUAUUAUUGGAUCUGUGACUAUCGCUAUGAAUGCACCUGAGCAAUCGUCUGUCAAGGACAUUCAGAGCAUGCAGCAUUUUGUUAUUCAGCCUGGGUUUCUGGUCUAUGCUGGGCUGAUCAUUAUUGGAGCUGCUUUUACCGCUCUUUGGGUUGGUCCGCGCUACGGAAAGUCGAGCAUGUUUGUUUAUAUCAGUAUUUGCAGCAUGGUUGGUGGGCUGAGUGUCGUGGCUACCCAAGGCUUGGGGUCUGCUAUCCUCGCUCAGAUUAAUGGCGAGGAGCAGUUCAAGCAUUGGUUCCUCUAUGUUUUGUUUGUGUUUGUUAUUGGAACACUGCUAACUGAGAUUAUUUACCUCAAUAAAGCGCUGAAUCUUUUCAACGCCGCUUUGGUCACCCCGACUUACUAUGUGAUGUUUACUAGCGCCACCAUUGUCACUUCUGCCAUCCUGUUCCAGGGCUUCAAAGGCACAGGCAUUCAGAUUGCAACUGUAAUCAUUGGGUUCUUGCAAAUCUGUGCUGGUGUUGUAUUGCUGCAGCUAUCCAAGUCUGCCAAGGACGUCCCCGAUGCUGCCAUCUUCAAGGGCGAUCUGGAUCAAAUUCGGGAGGUCGCCGCGGUGGAAGAGCCCGAGUCUGAGCCCAAGGCAGACUCCAUUCGAGGUGCGGCCUCUAUCAUCCGUCGCAUUUCAACUGCUCGCCGCACUAUGGAAUCAGAUGAAGCCCGUCGUUUCUUCCAUGAUAAACAUGAGGAUACGCUGAAAGUGCCAGGCGAGAAUGAGAUAAUUGAAUGGGAUGGCCUGCGCCGGCGCAAGACUGUCAUUGGCGAGGGACCAACUAUGUCACGACCAAUCACUCCGCGAACACCCUCAGUCAAACAACAACAUCCACCGUGGGGCAUGUCCCGGGUGCCCGCUGUUGAGCCCGAGGAGGAACAACGACCAAACACCAAGCAAAGCGGUCAUUCUUUCAUGGAUAAUAUUCGGUCUCGGGCUACCAGCGUACUUCAUCCUUCCCAGUGGAAGGCCGUAAAUACAGAAGAGGAGAAAAAUCCUAAUGUCAACACACAAUCGAUGGGCAUGACAGAUAUGCCACACCAAAGUGGCAAUGCUGACACCGAAUACCAUGGCGCCAGUAUGACUGGAGGGUUGGAGGCCCCGUUCAACCCAAACCGACCGCGUAGCGAUACGCCGCGGUCUAUAUCAUGGGCAGACGAAAAGCCCGAAAGUUUGGCACCCGAACCUCUCGCCAACACUGCCCGCCGCCAGUUCUCUUUCAACAACAUGAUGGGCCGUGGGAAGGCUGGCAGCGAAUCCCCCGUCAGACACCCACCAGGUUCGCCGCCUCGUGGCAUCUUACGCCGAUCGCACUUGGAAGCCGACCUGCGCAAGACCGCAACGGAGGAAGAAUCACUCGGUCUCGUCCACGGCGACUCACGCCAUUCACGACCAGAAGACGAACUCCUAAACGAAAAGCUAGAACGGUGGUCGAGCGCCGAGUCAGAACUUGGCGAGCCCCAGCCCAUGUUCGCCGGCCGGCCACAUGGCGACUCCGUGUCCAGCAUGUCCACUGCCGCAUUCCCUGCAUAUGAGGAUAAUCACCACAACCACUCCGAGUCCCACAACCCCUACUACCUCCCCCAUAACCGACAAGCCACCUCGUCCCCGGAGCCCCUCUCUCACGAAGAAGAGGGCUGGCACCCUUCAUCGAGGGGCAGCGGCAGCAGAACUCGCACCCGGACGAACUCUUCUGUCCAUCCCCAUUCCCGCGCCCCACCUCCCGCCCAAUCCUCCUUUUCUACCCACCGCCAUCCAAACCCCCUCCCACCACUCCCUGAUAUCACGCCCACCACCACACUCGACCUCAUGUCCAGCGAAACCAAUGCAUCGGGCCUGAGAUCAGUCUCUUCAGAGUCUGAUAUGGUAACGACUGUCUCUGGCGAGACAGAAGACUACAAUGAUCGCCUGUCUACCAUCCCGACUCGCCAACAGAGCGGCUGGCGUCGGCAUAUUUCUGACAACAGCAGUCAUGAUGGCGAGACAUAUGCUGCACGCGGAGGUAGGAGAGGUUCCUUCAGGUGA